AUGGAGCCGCACAGUGAGCCCCACCGCCGGACGCCACCUGUAAAGGGGAGGAGGAAAAAGUCCACCAAACACUCGGUCAAGUUCAAGGAGCAGGGCGACCAGGAGGUGCUAGUGGUGACGGUCGAGCCCCCGUCGCCCUCGCCCGGCUCUCCGGAGCCAGCCAAGACAGCCGUCACCUUUGCGCUUCCCCCGCUUUCCCCCCCGCGACGGGUGAAGGUGAGCCCGGCGGGCGCAAGGUCGCCCACAAAGGAAGGCGCCCCCAAGCGGGCGCCCGAUGCUGGCGAGCAACGCUUAUCCGAAGGAUGUACCUCGCUGAUGUACGCCUGCCAGCAGGGUCUUACGGGUGAUAUAUUGAAGGAGCUGCGACAAAAGCCUAGUGCCGUCCAUCGACGAGAUCGAAGCAACAAAAGUGCCUUACACUAUUGCAGCAGCGCGCAGGACAUUGCGGCGGCCGCCAGCGUCGCCAUGGUGGCACCGGAGCUGAUCGAGGCGGCCGACGAGGACGGCUUCACGCCGCUGCACCUGGCCGUGAUACAGGGAAAUCUGCAGCUGGUCAACCUGCUGCUGGCCAACGGGGCCGAUGUGAACGCGCUCGACAACGAGGGCCACUCGGUCGUACACUGGGCUACCGUGUGCGGUGAAGUGGAUGCAUUGCGGGCGGUUUUGGCGGCCGGUGCGGAUGUGUCGACGCCGGACAUCAACGGUGGCAGCCCGCUCCACUAUGCGGCGCAGAUGUGCGGCGCCAACUACGAGGGCAAGACGGCCCGCGCUUCGGCGAAGCUGGCGCUGGAGAUCCUGAACACGCUGCUCAACCAUCCCGACACUACGGUAGAAGUAGAGGACAAGGAUGGCCGACAGCCGCUCCUGUGGGCCGCCUCCGCGGGCUCGGCCAAGGCUGUGCUGGCUUUGAUAAAAGCCGGCGCUCACGUCGAAAGUGCCGACAAGGAUGGCUUGACGGCGCUCCACUGUGCCGCCUCCCGGGGACACACGGAGUGUAUCGAUAGUCUGAUCAAUCUGUGCGGCGCCCACACGGAUCAGAUCGAUUCCAACGGGUGUACCGCGCUGCACUACGCGGUCACGCUCGGGCAUGCCGAUGCCACGUCGCUGCUGCUCAAACUGGACGCCGACCCGAACCGGCAGGAUCGGAAGGGCCGCACACCGGCACACUGUGGUUGCGCCAAGGGCCAGAUGGAGACGGUGAAGAUUCUGCACGCGAAGAAGGGCAACCUGUGGCUGCGGAACGCCAAGGGCGAUCUGCCGGUGCACGAUGCGGCCUCCUCCGGUCGCCGCCAGCUCGUCCAGUGGUUGAUCCAGAUGAAACCGAAGCACAUCAACACGACCAGCAACGAUGGCCGCACCUUGCUGCAUAUUGCCGCCGGGCACGACAACGUGGACCUGUGCAAGCUGCUGCUGGAGCUCGGGGCCGAUGUGAACCUGCUGUAUCGACCGUCCUCCAAGAGUGCCCCGCUGACGCCCCUGGACUAUGCACUAGCCAAGGGCUACCGGUCGACGGCGAAGUACCUACAGAUGCAGGGUGGCCUGCCUGCGAACAAGCUGCGCCUUUCCGGGCGGCAGCAGAAAAUCCUGCCCGACAUUGACCGCGUGGAGCCGCUGAAGCUGACCGAGAAGGAAGAGCUGAUCGAUCUGAAGACCUCGAAGCGCUACAUCGUCUAUCUGAACUCGAACUCGGAGAGCGAAACGGCAGACGAGCGGACGCACCGAAAGAGCCGCCACAAGCGGAAAGGUUCCAGUCAGCCGCGGGGACGUCGCACCAGCAGCUGCAGCGACACAGUCUACCUGUACAGGGAGGGUGCGAACGACAUAAGCCGGUCGCGGAGCAACGCCGAGCUGCAUCGGUCGCACGGGAGACAUGGGCGACGUGGCAGUAGCUGUUCGUCGACGGCUAGUACCGGCUCCAGCGGAUCGUCCUCGGGGGGUCACGGUGGAGGCGAUUGCUGCCGACACGUACGCCGUAGACACAAGUGCUACCGGAAGUGUUCUUCCAAGCGGACGCACUCGCGCGACCGGCAUAAAGACCGCGAGCGUGAACGCGACCGGGAGGAGAAGCCGGACACGCAGAAGGAGUACGAGUUUAAGUACGCCGAGAAGAAGGAACCCGGGCCGCGAAAGCCUGGCGAACGGUGCGGGAAGAUAAUCUUGAAGCAGAUCCACAGCGGCUCGUCGGAAAACGACUCCACUGGGGAGAAUGGGCGAGCGGCUCCCGGGGGCUUGAAAUUUAGCUCGGAGCGGAACGGACGGGGUACCCAUCUUGGGCUUCCGGCGGGUCAGAUGGCCCAGUAUGGUGCCGGUGGUAGCGGCGGUGGUGGAACAUACGACCCGUCUGGAGGUGGGGAUUAUUACGAAGAUCCCAUGUCCCCGCGGUCGCCUCCGCGUGCCGAGUUCAACAUUCGCAAGGAGUCGGACACCAAGAGUGAGGGUAAGUCGUCCGACUCGAGCGUGACGAAGAAGAAAAAGAGCAAAGUGGGAGCGGGCAAAAAGUCCAAAACGGCGAAGGCUCCAAAAAAGUCCGAAUCACCCAGUGACGAGGAAACCCGGGGCGGUUCGGUGGAGGUGGUCACGGAGGCGCAAGUCCAUCAGCCUCCGCCACCAUCACCGGUGCCACCAGCUCAACCACCGGAAGUGGGUUCUAUGGCGAAGUCGACUGAGGACGACGGAGCGGCGACGGACGCGACGUACACGAUCGAGCAGCGGACCCGAUCCGACGUCGAGGGACUCAGCGAGCCGGAAGAGCGAUCCGCCAUUGGGAAGGGUGGGGUACAGGGGAAGCCAGCCACGGAGACGAUCGAGGAAGUGCGUGACGAGCCGGCGCCGGAGGUAAUGGCGGUGCAGCAGCAGGCAGCCUCCACCACAUCCCGCGCUAAGGAUCGCUCAAAGCUCAAGUCCGCCAAGAGCGAUAGCAAAAGCCGAUCCAAAUCCGACUCCUCCGAGCGGGAGAUCGUAAAGGGAAAGGGAUCAAAGGUGGAAGAACCACCGUUACCACCCCCACCACCGCCGACGCCCCCUUUAGUGCAAGAGGAGCAGCCUCCGGAACCAGCUCCGGAACCACCUCAACCAGAACCGAUAACUCACCCCGAUCCGGAACCACCGGAACCAGAAUCACUGCCACACCAAGAAACGUUGAUAGAGGCGACCGAAGAUAGACAUACAGUAGGCGACGAUGAGUCCAUGAUCGCUGAGGAAUCGUUGCCACCUCUGAUCGAACCAGAAGAGCCACCGAUCGAGGAGCGCGAAGAGCCACACGAUACAAAAAACGAGCAACCGCCACCGGUGGAGAUGGCACAGCAGGAGGAGCGGGAAGAUAAAGGUACCCCAGAGGAGUCGACCGAAAGCACUCCAACGAAAUCGAGCGACGAAACGGAACCACUCUCGGUGGUGGAGGAAUCAGUUACGAAGGCGUUUGAAGAGCCAGUUCCAGAGAAAGAGGUGGAAGUAGUUCCUCCCGUGCUAGCGGUAGAACUUUCGUCCUCCAAAGAAGAGGAGAAGGUGCAAACUACAGAGCAGCCAAGGGAGCGUCCAAAACUGCGCCGCUCCAUGGAAUCGAAGAUGGAGAGCGUGGAAGAGGAGCGACCAGCGGAACCAGCUCCGUUGCUCGACCAGGAGAAGGUCGAUCAGACGCGAGGGUUCUUCGUCAGCCUAGAGGACGGUGGCGGGUCGGCCACCGAGCAAGACGAAAAGAAGAAGCAAAUGAAGAAAAUCAAGAAAAAACCUCGCCUAAAGGAGGACGAACAGGAACAACAAAGCAGCAAGGAUCAGGAUUCGGGAUUCGAGCCGAGUCCGCAAGCGGUUCGCAGUAGGCCAACUAUCUUCGAGCGGCCAACGCACACGGCCACACUGCCACGUCGCUCGGCGUUCACGAUGGUGGAGGAGCGUGCGGUUAGUUCGCGACCGGAAGGACGGAAGCCGGGUGACAAGAGCGCCGUCAACAUGACCACCGUCCAGCAGUCGAUCCACAGGAAUAUCCGCAGAUAUUAUAUGGAAAGAAAGAUUUUCCAACACUUGUUAGAACUGAAAAGUUUGCAAAUUCGGUCGACGAAAGUGAACGAAUCGGUGCUGGUGAAGCGGGCCGUGGACGACUACCACAAGUCGACGAUCGAGCUCGGGUACGAGACGGGCAGCACGCUGAAGCGCUACCCGUACACGGAGUACUCGUUCCGGAACUUCGAGCUGUUCCUGUACGACACGCUCAAGAGCCUGCAGAAGAAGGAGACGUACAAUUUCCAGAACAUCUCGGAGGUUUACGAUGAGGCCGAACGCAGACUCAGCCCGGACGUGAGCCGCUACGAGCGCGCCCUCAACUGCACUACCAAAACGCACCGAUGUCUUCAUGCGACCCACGCCUACACGGGAAUCCCCUGCGCUGCAUACAUACCGAUGAUGAACCAUCACACGAUACCGAAGCUCGGAUUUGGCCCGUACAAAUCCAGCAGCUCGGGGGUGGGUAGCUUCUUCCUGCCGAAAAUCCUCACGCACCCCACCGACCGCAGCUGCGCCGGAGGAAAGGUCGCCCUGGAGCUGACGCACGGUAACAGUAAGCAGGUCAUUACACUGCCAUCCGAGAAGCUCGAUAGCAAUAAGCGAUACUACGUAACGUUUACCCUCAACCCGAACGGCACGUCUGACGGUGAUCCACCACCCGUUCCACCUGUUCCUCCCACUCUCUCCGCAGGAUCCGCCCGAGCAGCCGCCCACCAGCCUCAGUCCCACGGCGAGCACCAACCGUCCGAUCCAGAUGCCCAAGAUAGCGCUCAGUCCCCGCGCGCUCGACAGCAACAACAUCAGCAGCAGCAGCACCAACAGCAACAUCAACAACCUUCAGCCACGGUUCUUCGGCAGCAACAGCAGCAGGAGCACCCACAGUCUCCAUCGCAGCCCUAUUCCCUUCCCGCAGUAGAGCAACAGCGAGUCGCCGCCGGGUCCCGGGGAGGCGCCUUGUAG